AUGGGGUUCUCAGAGAAGCCUCAAGUUGUGGAUGGUGGCUUGGACAAUUUAGAUGGUAAUAAAAGAUGGAUUAUUGCUGGAAUUCCUUUGAGAGCUCCUUUAAAGCCCAUAUAUACAAAUCCAGUGGAGAAAGAGAUCAACGAAAGUGACGAGGAUGAUCAGAACAACUGCAGCACUACUUCAACAACGCCUACUGGUGAAGAAGCUAGAAUUCCUUCCAGAUUGGUGUGCCCUCCGGCUCCCAGGAAGCGAAAAGCUACUUUCAAGUGUAAUUAUAAUAGUGGUGUUAGGGAGUUUUUACUCCUCCUGACUUGGAAACCCUUUUUAUACAAAGGGCAAACUGAUCAUUUAUUCAUUUCUUCCAAGUUUAGUUUGCCUCCUGUACUGAUCAUGAUUUGCUUCUUUUAA